AGUAAGGCGUAUCCCUCAUCUGUAGGAGUAUCCCAAUAAGAGGGGCCUCUGCCUCAUUCACAGGAGCGAUCAACUCAGCAUCCACGAAAUAAAUUUGGCGUUGAGAGGUACAAGGGCCAACAUUGGAGGAUCUUCUAGACCAGAGACGGUACAACCUUCGUAUGCCAAGGGAAUAUUCGAGCUAUUCUCUAUUGGUUUUGACGGAAAACGACCCCUCUCAAAAUGGCCGAAAACUUUGCCAGUCAAGCGAUAGGGGGACCUGAUCAAAUUCCAUUGGUCAGUAAUUUAAUUGGGUAAAGGGGUUAUUAGUAUUUGAAUUUGAUCGAGAGUGAGUUUCAAUGGAGAUAGAGAAGCUGUGGGAGGAGGUAAGGGAGCUGAGCCUUGGCACCUGCUCCCAGGUGGAACGCCUGGAAUCACCCCCUUCACCACUUCGAUUCCUCAGAGAUUUCGUCUCAACCAAUAAACCCUGCAUCAUCUCCAAUGCCACUCUCCACUGGCCAGCUCUCUCCUCUUGGACCCACCCCUCCUAUCUCUCCGAUGCUCUCUCCUCCUCUUCUGUCUCCGUCCACCUCACCCCGAAUGGCCGCGCAGACGCCCUUGCUCCCAGACCCGACGACCCUUCUUCCCCCUGCUUCGUUUCCGCCCAUGUCCAGCGCAUGCCCUUCUCUGCCGCUCUCAAUCUCAUUUCUUCUUCUUCACUUUCUGAUUCAGUCGUCGCAUAUGCCCAGCAGCAGAACGAUUGCUUCCAUUCAGAAUACUCUGCUCUUGCUUCCGAUGUCGAUUCCCACAUCCCCUGGGCCACCGAAGCUCUUGGCUACCUUCCUGAUGCUGUCAAUCUCUGGAUCGGUAACCAUCUCUCUGAGACAUCAUUCCACAAGGACCACUACGAGAAUCUCUACGCUGUCAUCUCCGGCGAGAAGCAUUUCCUCCUCCUUCCCCCCACUGACGUCCACCGCAUGUACGUACGCGACUACCCCGCUGCCAACUAUUCCUAUUCCCAGGAUACUGGUGAGUUCACGUUGGAACUUGAGAAGCCUUUGAGAUACGUGCCUUGGUGUAGUGUGAAUCCUUACCCGUCUUCUGCCGAUGGAGAGAGAGAAAUGGCGUCGUUCUCGCUGUAUUUCAAUGGUCCGAAGCCAUUUGAGUGCACCGUCAAGCCCGGGGAGAUUCUUUACUUGUUGGAAUUGGAUGUUGCUGAAAGUAGUCAGUUAGAGACCCCAGGGUCCCCUGCUCAAAUCUCAAGUUUCAGUCCAGACUGAGUUGGCCACAUGGCAAAACAAAUUAUUAAAAAGAUUCAGGAAUAUAAAGAAGGUAUAAGGGACCACCGGGGGAGGGGGUGUAUGGACAUACAUGGGAGGGUAAACGAUUUAGUUUGAAGUUCAACUUUGACAUGUGGCCAAUCCAGACCAUUCCUUGGGUGUCCAAUGGUUGAAAUUGCCACAAUCAGCCUUCAGUGUGGCACAAUUAGGUAUGCUCACCCAUACAUUCUAUAUGGAUGUGCCCAUCCAUAAAACCUUUUUCCUUUCCCCCCCCCCUCCUUUUUUUUUUCUCUAUUGGAGUUGGGUCAGAGUUUUGGGUGCUGAGAACAAAAUUGGGCCCAUUAGUUGUAGAAUUAAAGGCUUUGUUAAGCUUUCCUGCAUUGGGAGGAUUUCCUGUU